AUCUCACUUCUCCACGCGAAAUUCCUCAAUUUUCCCUGGAUUCUCGCAGAAAACAGCGUGAAAAGCACUUCAACCGGCGGCAGAGACACCGUAAAUGUGGAAAGUGCUCAAAUGGAGGUGCGUAAUAGUGUGCAAAGUGGCGAAAAUCCAUCUCACUGAGGAGCAGUUUUAACCUUUUUCUGACAUUGAAAAAAAGUGUCGCAGCCGCGUGAAAGGGGUGGUGAAAAUUCAUGAAAAGUGCGUGAAAAGUGAACAGUCCACGCGUGGGCGAUCGCUCGGGGCCCGCCACAGACAUUCGCCAAGAUAGGUAGGAGUAGGAUGGCCAAAGACACCGAGGAGGAGGACGACUUUCUGCCGGACAAAGAUGCCGCCAAGGGCUUCUACGCCAAGUACGAGCCGAAGGAGAUCCUGGGCAGAGGCAUCAGCUCCACAGUCCGGCGGUGCAUCGAGAAGGAGACUGGUCGGGAGUUCGCUGCCAAGAUCAUCGACUUGGGCGCCGAGGGAGCCACGGAGGCGUCAGCACACCAGAUGCUGGACGCGACACGGCAGGAGAUUUCCAUCUUGCGCCAAGUGAUGGGACAUCCGUACAUCAUCGAGCUGCAGGAUGUGUUCGAGUCGGACGCGUUCAUCUUCCUGGUGUUCGAGCUGUGCAAGAACGGCGAGCUGUUUGACUAUCUCACCUCCGUCGUGACACUGUCGGAGAAGAAGACGCGAUAUAUAAUGAGACAAGUAUUCGAGGGUGUGGAGUACAUUCAUGCUGCUAACAUUGUGCAUAGAGACUUGAAGCCGGAGAAUAUUCUGCUGGACGACAGUUUGAAUGUGAAAAUAACAGAUUUUGGCUUCGCCAAGCAUCUGGAGCAGGGACAGAAGUUGUUCGAUUUAUGCGGCACUCCUGGAUAUUUGGCGCCCGAGACGCUCAAGUGCAGCAUGUUCGAAGAUGCUGCCGGAUACUCGAGAGAAGUGGACGUUUGGGCGUGCGGAGUGAUAAUGUUCACACUCCUCGUGGGCUGUCCGCCGUUCUGGCAUCGCAAGCAGAUGGUGAUGCUGCGGAAUAUCAUGGAGGGGAAGUACAGUUUCACAUCUCCGGAAUGGGCAGACAUUUCAGAGGAUCCCAAAGAUUUGAUAAGAAAGUGCCUCGUGGUUGAUCCAGAGAAGCGCAUUACAGUGCACGACGCUCUUCGUCAUCCAUUCUUCAAUACAGUUCUUUUUGAGCAAGACAUUGGAACACUUAAACGAAGUCUCUCGUCAAAAUCAAGGAGGUUCAGUCGUAUAUCAGAAAUAGCACUGAAGAGGAGGCAGAGUUUAUUCAAUGCCAGAAAGAAGUUCCUUUACGCCAUCCUCUGUGUGCGGGCUGUGGUGCGAAUCAGACGAUUGAGGUUCACGGCUGAGCCGCUCAAAGUGGAAGAGGCCCUCAAGGAUCCUUACAGAGUUAAGGUGCUGAGAAAGGUGAUCGACGGCUGUGCCUUCCGCGUGUACGGUCACUGGGUGAAGAAGGGCGAGGGACAGAAUAGAGCGGCGCUCUUCGAGAAUAUGCCACGCACGGAGCUGCACACACUCUAUAUCAAUAAUCUAAGUCGAUAGAGUAGAGACGCGAGAGGGAGAAAGAAGAGCAAUAGGAAAGGAUUAGGAUAAAUGCAGGAAGUGUGCUCAAACGUCACGAAUUGUCCCUGAAAUUGUGGGGAUUCUAGUGUGAACGACAUCUCACAUGUUUUUAUGAAUUAUUAUUUAUAGUGAAAAGUAUCUGUAAUUUAUUUAAAUUGAUGAAAAAGACAGAAGACAUGAAAAUCUCUUCUUAAUCAAUGCGCUAAAAUACUUAA